GUUUGGGUACGGUUCACGCGUCGCUUGCACAUACUUAAUUUCAGUACGAGCCGACCAACGAACCGCACAGGAUCGUGUCUUUGCUUUUUCGAAAACCAGCAUUUUCUAUCUCAACAUGAAUUAUCUUUGGCUUAUAUUCUACUUUUCCUGUUAUUACACUUCAACACUCGCUGAGAGAGGGGGCAACACCUACUUUAACAGUACUGCACACGCUUUGCGAGUCUAUGGGCACAGUUUUUAUAAUCCCAUGACCCUGGAGCCACUGCAAGGUGUCAUAGAGGACGACAAAAGAUUGCCUUUUUCCUUGCCCAAAAUCAAAUUCAGAGGUUUGCCAUGCGCUUGCGUAGAUAUGAGCUGUGGAUGUUGCGCCGGACUCAAUAUUUCCACAAUCAAAUUUGAUCGCAGAUACUGUGCCAAUUUCACUUUUGAUCCUGCCAAUUUCGAAGUUGACAUGAUGGUCAUGAUGAAUGAAAAUGAAAUUUUCAAAACUAGUCUCUCAGCACGCAAUCCACCACCAGUGUGCGUGCCCUUGCCGUACGUACCCGUGCUGGAUUUUUGUCUACGUUUGUAUGACCUCUCACUACAGGAUGGAAACAAUUUACAUACCUGCAUCGACUUCGAAGCUCGACUAACCCAAUCACCACUGCUGGUGAUGCACUUUAAUUGCAUACGCGUUGGUCCAUCGGGAAUAAGCUGGACGAAGCCUGGGAACGAUUCUAAUACCAACGGUAUGAGCAUCAGUUACAACAGCAGCUCUAUGUCACAACAAGAACAUGCGAUCGGCGUGUACGAUCCUGUGAGUUUUGAGACCGCGGAUAAGCCGAACGAUAGAUAUUCCGUGAACACGAUCAGUGUGUCGCCGAAUGAAGAAGACAAGAUUGGCGAACACCGUAUCUCCCGACUUUAUUAUUUACUUUUUAAUGGCUCCCUUACGUGAUAUCUCUUCUGUAUGUGUAAUUUAAAUUUUACAACUAACAACUUAAUUAUAAGUAUUUUCGUUAAUUAACUAGAUCUUUGACAAAACGCUAAUGCAGUUGUUAAGAAUUGCAAAUCAAAUUUGCGAUUUUUCAUAUUUGUGAUCGAUCAUUAAUGCGCCCUUUCGAUAUUUCGGCAUGCAAUGACUAAUAACUCAUCGUUAUUUAUUUAAGAAUGUCGUGAUAUAUACCUGCACAAAUGUGUUUUAAUUAUUUACGAAAAUCGUGUAUUUAUUAGCAUUGACGUGUAAUAUACUUUAUUAA